GGGCGUGGCGUGCCGCGCUGUGCCGCGCUGUGCCGUGCGGGCGGGCUCCACCCACGUGCGGCGGCGCGAGCACACAUCCCGCACGUAGCCGGCGUAUUAAUCAGCGCGGGGCCAUCUGCCGCGCCGGCCGCACCGUGGUCGGGGGUCGCCGGUUCUGCAUCCUGCACGCUGUUCGGGCUCCCGAAGCAUUGCCGUCCCGCAGCUACGGGCCGCGGAGUGCAGCCCAGCCCAGCCUGCCGCGGCGGAGAAACUUUUCUCUCGCCUCGCCUCGCCUAGCCCCGCGCCGCGGCGGAGCCCCUGUCCGGCUCGGCCUGGAGCCCGCGGCGGCCCGGGCGGCAUCGCCUCCCGACGUGGGCGCCGGCAGGGCAGCGGCGCGCCUGUCCGUCCCCGCCGCGCCAUGCCGUUGGGGCACAUCAUGAGGCUCGACCUGGAGAGAAUCGCCCUGGAGUACAUCGUGCCCUGCUUGCACGACAUCGGCUUCUGCUACCUGGACAACUUCCUGGGGGAGGUGGUGGGGGACUGUGUGCUGGAGCGGGUGAAGCGGAUGCAUCGCGACGGGGAGCUUGCCGACGGGCAGCUGGCCGGCCCCAGCCGCGGCGUGGCCAAGCGGCACCUCCGCGGCGACCAGAUCAAGUGGAUCGGCGGCACGGAGGAGGGUUGCGAGGCCAUCAACUUCCUCCUCACGCUGAUAGACCGGCUGGUGAUGUACUGCGGGAGCCGGCUCGGCAAGUACUACGUGAAGGAGCGAUCCAAGGCUAUGGUUGCUUGCUAUCCUGGAAAUGGAACUGGGUAUGUUCGUCAUGUGGACAAUCCAAAUGGCGAUGGGCGCUGCAUCACCUGUAUUUAUUACCUGAAUAAGAACUGGGACUCCAAGCUGCAUGGUGGAAUUCUCCGGAUAUUCCCAGAAGGAAAGUCCUAUGUAGCAGAUGUUGAGCCGAUUUUUGACCGAUUACUUUUUUUUUGGUCAGAUCGAAGGAACCCACAUGAAGUUCAGCCUUCUUAUGCAACCAGAUAUGCCAUGACUGUGUGGUAUUUUGAUGCCGAAGAAAGAGCAGAAGCCAAAAAGAAGUUCAGGAACUUAACUGAUGCAAGGAAGAGAGAAGCACCUCUUAACGAAGACUAAUCAACUGUUCCUGAACUCCUUGUGAGGAAAUAAGAUUCCCAAAGAUGACUUCCACUUCCAGCGAACAAGGGCAAAUGCUUGUUAUGCACGAGAACGCACUGGUUGUGUCUAGCAUGUGCAUCUUACGUUGAUGGUACUUAAGGCAGCUUUCUGUCAUGCCUGCACCUGGUAGAAGGAACACUUGUUUUCUAUUUGCCUUUUGCUGGAAAAAGUAACCAGGGUUAAAGGAAAAAGAAAAAAAAAAAAAGAGUAUCAAUAAGUAGUGGCUCAGCCAACUGGCUUUUGAUCACUCUUGUAACCAAGAUAAUGAUCAUUGGAACUAGUGAUAAAAUACUGAGUCUUAUUUGCACUUUAUGUGGGGGGGUAGGGGAAAUCUAGCUCAAUGGGAAGGAGCUUUACAAGUUUAAAAUCUGUGACAGACUGCUAAUGGGCAAGGAGAGAUAUUGGAAAUCUGAAAUUAAAUUGGAUUUUUGUAGAGUGUCAUCUUAUGGUCUGUCCCACAUGGGCCUGUUGACGUACUGUUCAUCACUUUGCCAUGCUCAGCUUUUUGAUAGCAUGACUUUCCAAAUGAAUUUUCGUCUACACAGUCAUUGCGUUUCCUGGAAUUUGUUUGCUUUUCAAGAGUCAAGUUCUAGCUGUGCAGUUGCACUGCCCUUUCUGUCCCAGGACUGAAGGGGAAUUAGUUAUGCAUCUGUCCACAACUUUUGUAAAAACACUUCCUUCCUGUUCUGAGCAGGAUGGGUUGUAUUUUCAUGGUUUGGUAAAGGAGCUGUUUUCUCCCAAAAGUUUAGUGAACUUAGAAGGCUGAUGGCACACAAUGUGUUAGCACUAAAGGCCAAUGAUGCAUAGAGUUAAGUGUUGUUUUCAUGACUUCUCCAUCUACUAUGUUUUGUAUGACACAGACAUGAAUCUGAAAAGUACAUCUGGCAGUCUGGCAAGUGUAUGACAAAUAAUGGGUAACUUAGACUUUAUUUCUAUGCUGCUUAUCCUUAGUUAACACACUUGUUUAACUUUGCAUGUGUAUGUAAUUUGAAUGAAACAGCAAUUCUGUUUCAACAGAUCUGUUACACCAGAUAACUACUUCUGCUGUGCCCAAGCUGUGAGAUCGGAGUUAUUCAAAUGGCAAAGCACCUUUUUUUUUGUCUCUCUUUUUCCUUUUUUUUUUUUUUUUUUUUUUUUUUUAAUUUUUUUUGACCAGCACUUACUAUGCAGUUCAGAAUAGCUCAAUGAAGCUGGGAGCUGGCAGUGGAUGUAUUUAUGAUUCACAUAAUUGUUCUUAACCUAAUACACAAGACAAAAAUGAAUGCGAGUGUAUGUCAGACCCUACGAAACGUAUGACAGACACCCUCUUCAGUGACCUGUGUUGCCAUGCCACCAGCCCACAGUGGGUAAGGUGGUCUGUCUGAACCACCAGCCCCUGCACUGCUUCACCACGCAGUGCUAGGCUGUCGUGCUGGUGAUGGGUCUCCAGGCCAGCUCUGUUGCGCUUGAGCUGGGGAAUGAAAAGGUAGUGUGCAAUGGCAACUAUUAAACAUCAGCAACAGAAGGGUAAUAGCUGUAUAUGACAGAAAAAAACCCAAAACUUUUGUGACUUAACAAAUGGUAAUAGAAGUGGAGUAUUUUUUAGCAGUUCUGUCUCUAAAGAGAGAGAAAAAAAAAAAGAAAGAGCUAGGCAUCCUUCAGCCUGUCCUUGAAUUCUGAAUGUAAGUACAGUAGUGCUAAGAAACACCUCAUUCUCUCUGGCUUCUCCCAGAGAUCCAGCUGUGGUCUUACGGGCUGGACUUAUUUCCGCCUGACCACUGUGCACCUUAAGAGAGCAAUAUGAGGGAACAUGUGACAUAUUCUUAUAAUUCAAGACUAGAAAAAGACAAAUAAUCUGAUAAAUGUCCUUUUAUGUUAGGAAAAACAUUAUUCUACUACAGUUGCUUCUAAGUAACACAGCAAUAGACUUGAAUGAAGCUUGACAAUAACUUGAAAUUCUCAUUCUGCAAUGUUCAUGUAGGAGGCGAAAGAUUUAGGGCUCUUCCCUGAGAGUGAGGUAACCAUCUGAAAGAUGGGAGGUGUUGAAAAGGGGGGCUCACAGGAUUAUUAUUUAAAAAAUGGGGUGGGGGGGAAAGCUAACCUGUUGUAUUGCUAUGCAAAGUUGAUAAUGGCAUGUGAAUUUGACUCUUCUACAUGAUUUUAAAAGGGGCAAAGACACCUAAACCAGAGCAGAACACGUCUUGCUUUGCCAUUAGAAACUGUAACCUAAAAAAAAUGCACUAGAAAGAGAUGUUAGUACACAUCUCACUGGAGCCUAGAACAGCAGAAGAACAAUGAGGUGGGAGGGGAAGGUUUUGUAUAAAGGCUGAAAAAGAAAGGUACUUCAGUUACCACUAGUGCUACCACCUGGCUUCAGCAGUGGUCAGCAACAUGUGUGUGGUGGGUAGAGCAUAGAGCAGUAUAGAUUUUUAUUGUAAAUAAAGUACACAUUUUCAUUUUUGGCCAAUAUAUUUCUGAUCUAGAUAGAGGAGAAAGCAAUUAUUCUCAGAGAGCAGUCUUUAUUAACACACAUAAUUAAGUACGAAAAAGUUGAGGGCACAGGAUUUUGGAACCAGUUCCUCAGUUCUCUAUUCUAGCCCUUUACCCUGUUUCCAGAUCAGUGGAAUGAUCUCCUUGAAGAUGAUGUAGUUUAAUGGGGGCAAAAGGGUGUUGGUCAUGUAGGAAUCCACUAGCUUGAUGUUUUCUACACAGAUUUCUCUUGCCUGUCUCUGGAAUUGUUGCAAACUGUUCUGCAUGAAUGAAUUUUUCUGAAGAAUUCUGGGAGAAGCAGGUUGUUGCUGUAGGGAGGGCAUUUGAAGGAGACUUUCCCUUGCUUGUGUUUUGUCUUUGUGGCAAGCUGUUUGAAACAUCUAUGGCUAAACAGCACUUGUCACCCAGUUGUGAAGAAGAGUGAUUUCUCUAAGGCAUUUAAUUUUUUAGACCGCCAAAAGUUUUGCUGGUUUCUUUUUUCCUCAACAUUUAGGUAAUGUGCCUUCGUCAUUCAUAUCUGUGAAGAUGUUACUUGCCACCAUGUGUGUGUCAUGUAAGGUUUUCAUGGCUCUAUGAGAAAUAUAGUUGCCUUUCCAAAUGUAAUUGCAUUGGAAAAAUAUGCAGAGCCACCAGGCCACAAUUUCUUACAGGUGGAUUUUGUUGAGCAGGGAAUAAAAGGCCAGGAGACAGUGCUGAAAAUCAAGAUAGUAUUUGUAUUCUUAAACUUAUAACCACUGGCCUUUUGAGCAAAGUAGCCUCUAAUAUAUCUUGCUUUCUCUUGAUUACUUCUGGUUCUAUGAGGAAUGGCCUCUGCAGAGUACUAUCUAAAAUGAUCCACUUUCUUUUCCUUCUCUUUUUAAACAGUUUUAGUCCUUUCCUAUUUUUUAAAAUGUUGGAAUAUGUUAUAUAUAUUUGUUGUUGUUGUUGCAAAAUAGCUGGCUCUAACAUCACUUGCAUCUAGAAGAAAAUGUAUCUAUUUGCAGGCAAAUAACUAGUUUUACUUUCACUGUGAUAUACUCCCAGCAGAUAUCUGAGAGUGAGUUAUGACUACAUCUUCUCUUGUCAGGUUGUAUGCUGGUCAACAAUGCUGGCACUUUGCUUCGGAUCAAUAUAGAACUCCCUAGUAAUAUUUUACCAUACAUCACAUUUUGUGUUCCUGUUACUAUUAAAAUCAAACACAAAAACAAAACUGUGGCAGGAGUCAAUAAACACUGGGUCAUGUUAAAUGUCCUGUGCA